UCGUGAAACGAGUCUGGGACAGUGCUGGUACAGCUGACCGACACCGGAGCACCGGCGCUAAGGGGCGCACUCGGCCGUUCACGACGCCAUGGAGGACGCAGACCAGCAGAGGCGGAUAAGUGAGCCCGCCGUUUCACGGAAAAUUUCAGACCAGGUGCUGACGGCGGACACAGACAGCUUCAUGGUGGGCGAGAGGGUUUGGGUCGGCGGUACACUGCCCGGGCGCAUCGCCUACAUCGGCGAGACGAAGCUGGGAGCCGGCGACUGGGCGGGCGUGGUGCUCGACAAGCCGGUCGGCAAGACGGACGGCACGGUGGCCGGCUACCACUACUUCCAGUGUGAGCCUAAGCACGGCGUGUUCUCGCGGCUGACGCGGCUGACUCGCGAGUCGCUGGGUACGCCGGAGCGAGACGCCGACUCGGCCGAGCGCGCGCUGAGCGGCUCGCGGCGCACGUCCCGCAGCUCCCCAGCCAAGCAGCUGCCGGCGGCGGCAGCAAGUCGCAGCAGCCCGGCGAGAGGCUCCACCGACCCGCUGUGUAUCUGUGUGUACAUGGGAGUGCACAACAAGUGCACGCCCCCAUCGACCCGCUUUGUAUCUGGGGAGCGACCGGCCGCCGCGUUGCGUGUCGGCGACCGGGUGGCGGUGGCGAGCAGCGCUGGCCGCCGGCUCGGCACGCUCCGCUUCCUGGGUCCCACCGGCUUCGCCGACGGCCAGUGGGCCGGCGUCCAGCUGGAUGAGGCCCGCGGCAGGAACGACGGCAGCGUGGCCGGCACCAGGUACUUCGAGUGCCCGCCCAGCCACGGCCUAAUGGCGCCGGUGCAUAAGGUGACCCGUCUGGCGCCGCGGCCCGGCGACCCGGGUCGACGCGGCUCCCACCCGGGCUUCGUGCGUCAUGCCGGCCCCGACGAGGACGGGUUCUUCUAGCUGAGCGGCGGCGGCGACGGCGGCGGCGGCGGCGGCGGCGGCGG